CCCAGAAUCGCAGUUAUUCACCAAUUGCUACGAUUGACGGACGAAUACAGUCGGGUGUCCGCCACGCUAAGAGCGACCUCGUUCGCUUGCGUCCGUUCAUUAUUUAGCCGUCGCGCGUCGCUAGCGACGUACGCGACAUCAUUCAUCAUAGUUAUGGCACUGUGAACCGAUAGUAUGAAUAAAGCCGAAUCUUCUGCGGAAGCCGCCGUGCCCAGCGUGGCAAUAAACGUAGACCAAUAUGACGACCCGGACGAGGAAAGUUCAAAGCUUCUCCAUACUAAUGCACCCACACCGAUCGUGACGCCCUCUGGACAAAUGCGCAAGGUGAAGAGCUUUAGCGAUACACACAGACUCCGAGAUGUGUCUACCGCUUCAGGAGCAGCAUCAGCCCGGUGCCUGCGCCCCUAUGAGCAGGUGACCCCAUACCCCGAAGGCUCCGAGUGUGGAACAAACCAAUAUGGAGCACCUUCAGUCAGAUCUCUGGCAUCAAUCGGGAUGGGAUGCACAGAUGGGCGUAAAUUGGUUAUUAGAAGAGUGCCGACUUCGCCUACGGAACUGUUUCAUUUAGUGCGACCUCCUACGCCGCCGGAUGAAGACACGGGGUCUCACGAAAGCGAAUGCGAUGAGGAAGAGGAGGAUGCAGAAACGGACCAUCUCAAACCACGACGGCCAUUCUGGCCAAACAAGAUACAGUUCGUGCUAGCUUGUGUAGGCUACUCCGUCGGCUUGGGCAAUGUGUGGCGCUUCCCAUACCUCUGCUACAAAAGCGGGGGAGGUGCAUUCCUCAUCCCUUACUUCAUAAUACUCCUAGUUUGUGGCGUGCCUAUGCUCUUUAUGGAGCUAGCGAUUGGACAGUACACUGCGCACGGACCAAUUGGAGCACUUUCGCAAAUAUGUCCUCUGUUUACAGGUGCUGGAAUCGCAAGCGUGGUGAUCUCGUUCUUAAUGUCGACAUAUUACGCAGUAAUAAUAGCCUGGGCAAUUUACUAUUUCUUCACAUCGUUUAAGGCCGUAGUCCCGUGGGCUAACUGCAACAACCGAUGGAAUACGGCUCAAUGCUGGCAACCUGUUCAUAAUCUUACCAAGCCAAACGGAUCUCAAACGGCCACUGAACAAUUCUUCGAGAAAAAGGUAUUAAGCAUGAGUGACGGUAUCGAAUAUCCCGGUGGCAUGCGGUGGGAGUUGGCAGCUUGCUUAUUCUGUGCUUGGUUGUUAGUGUACUUCGCCCUGUGGAAAAGUAUCAAAUCUUCGGCUAAAGUGCGGUACAUCACAACAACACUUCCAUUUCUGCUGAUUAUAGUCUUUCUUGGGCGAUCGCUCACCCUCGAUGGCGCCGACAAAGGAUUAAGAUUUUUCUUCAAACCGGAAUGGGAAUUAUUAAAGACAUCAAGGCCCUGGGUUAACGCGGCGUCGCAGAUCUUCAACUCGAUUGGAAUAGCUUUUGGAUCGAUGAUAAUGUUCGCCUCAUAUAACAAAUUUGACAACAAUUUCUUGCACGACACGUUGGCCGUAUCUCUCGUCAAUGCCGUCACUAGUCUGAUCGUGGGGAUAUUUACCUUUGCUACGAUUGGAAACAUAGCUUUCGAACAGAACACUUCUGUUAAGGAUGUCAUUGCUGACAGUCCCGGGUUACUGUUCGUCGUAUAUCCACAAGCAAUAGCAAAGAUGCCUGCAUCGCAACUUUGGGCAGUCUUAUUCUUCUUUAUGUUCCUUUGCCUAGGAUUAAACAGCCAGUUUGCCAUCGUUGAAGUCGUGGUAACUUCAAUUCAAGAUGGUUUUCCAGAUAUGAUACGGAAGAAGCUUGUGUACCACGAACUGUUGGUACUAUGUGUCUGUGUGGUGUCAUUUCUAUUUGGGUUACCACACAUCAUACACAGUGGCAUCUACGUAUUCCAACUAAUGGAUUAUUACGCUGCCUCGCUCAGUAUCACAUAUCUCGCCUUCUUUGAAGUGGUUGCUAUAGCAUGGUUUUAUGGCGCCGGCAAACUGUCCCAGAACAUCAAGCAAAUGACAGGUCGCUACCCAUCGCUAUAUUUCCGAAUAUGUUGGUUAAUUGCGGCGCCAGCACUGCUCCUGGCGCUAUGGGUCGCUAGCCUCGUGGACUACACGCCGCCCAGCUACCGCCAGUACCAGUACCCUGGGUGGGCGCAGGGUCUCGGCUGGGUCAUCGCGUCUCUUUCGCUAUUGUGCAUACCAGUUUAUGCAUGCAUUAUCGUCGCAAGAGCGCCGGGAAAAACAAUAGUAGAGAAAUUGCGGUAUUCCAUCCGUCCUAAUUCAGUGUGCGAGUGUGGAGUGAACGAGUGUGACGUGUGCGGCUCCGACUCCGAGCCGCCCGACGACAAACAGCCCACCAUUACCUAUUAUCAACAACCAUCGUUUCCUAGUCCUAACUAAUAAAUCAAAAUUAAGUAGUGUUCAUCUGUUAGCUGCGAUUAAGGUGAGAUAUGCCCAGGCCUAUUUAUGGAGCCGUGCAUGAAACGUCGGAGUAGAAUGAUUAAAAUAGGUAGGGUAACUUGAACUCCAUUCUCGUAUAUAUUUAUAACACAACGCACUGUCAGUCGUCGUGGUCCUGAGCUUGCUUUUAUGUAGGUAAUUUUGAACGCCAUACUAAAUGGAUGUCAAAAUACAUAAAGUAUGUUCUAUAGAAAAUCGGUCGAAAAUACCAUAAAUCGGCCUGGGCAUAAUCUCACCAUUCUCACCUUUAAGAGGCCGACGCGUGUUAAAUAUAAGAAUGUAUUGAACAUAGGUAGUAAAUAUAUAAGAAAUAAAGACAAUAGUAGAAUAAGAUAUUUUCCGCGCUAUCAUUACAUUUUUUAUUUAUAAUGAUCGUAGAGGUACAGGCACUUGACCUAAUACUGCUAUGCUAUCACGUUUAGCAGUGACACAAUUAUCUUAGCACUCGAGACGUGUGCUACUGCUACCGUACCUACGGUCAAGUUAACGCUAAUCACUCAUUCUACUGAUUAAAUCGAGAUAACAACGUGACUUUUGUACCUAAGUCAAGCAGUUGUGUUUAAUAUUAACAUGUAUUGUUCUCAUAAUAGGCUAUAUAUGAAGAUAUCUCAGGAUAUCGAUUGUUAAGGUCAUUCAAUAAGAAAAUAUCGAGUUUUAAAAUGUUAAGUACGUAUAUCUAAUUAUAUAUGGUAUUUCAAAACAGUAAUCCAAAUUAACUUAUAUGUAGGUAACAUUCCAAAUUGCUGUGAAUCAAUGUUAAUCGCUAUUAUAAGUUCAAAGUAAAGUAGUUCUUUGUGAUAAAAAAAACAUUCCAUGUGUUAUAAGUUUCCUGUUAAGAAAACGAUAUGAUUGCCGUGUUUCUACGUAGCUAAUUAAGGUGCAGUGAGCUCAGGUCCUCCGAACGCAGGUCGCUAAGCACUGGGCGGACGCCGGCACGUACCCGGGAUUGCGGAUAUCAUUGUUAUUUUGAGUAAUUAUUAAGGAAUUUUGAUUUUGAUUAAUUUUUGAGAAAGGCCUCAAGGUUGCCAGUCAUAUUUUUACGAUUUUUCAAAAACACUGCUGGCUGAACAGUCUGCACCUUAAAGUUAAGUAUUUAUUGUUUCAAGUAUUUAAUAACUGCUAAGUAAAAUAAAAAAAUGAUUGUAAGUAAGUAAAGUAAAUACACUUUUCCCCUCACUAGCUCGGAAAGUUGUCGUUUAUCCUUCAAUACAAGCGGGGAAAAACGCGUUUUAUCCACUAGUGGGGAAAGUAAUUUGACCUUGGAUGGAGCGUGUUUAAGUAGCUUGACAGGUAACAAAACGUAAAACGCUCAUGAUAAUGGUUCGUUCGCUGUUAAUUAUCAUUAAAUAAAUGGUUUGAGAAUCUAAUAAAAAAUACCAAAUUUAGCUUUAUUUAAUGAUUUUAAGUCAUAAACCCUAAAAUUCCAUAAGAAACGUUUGUUUUUUUAUAAUGAUGUUAAAUAUAAUUCUGAACGCACAAGUUGAGUCGAUGCAAUUUCAAAACGCAUCGUUGACAUUUCAUACAUCAGAAAUGUAAACAUUGUCAACAAUUUUUUUAAGUACUUAAAACCUUUUCUCACCGACUCGCGUAAAAAUACACAACUUCCAGAGUUUUCUGUUAUAAUAUCGUAAAGAAAUGAGUGAUUCCAGUGAUGAAGAUGAUCUAACGCCUGUGGAUGUUGCACUUUCCUCGCUAUAGUGAGGUGAAAAGUUUUGUGUUACACACGGGCGCAAAUGUAUUUUACUUCUCGUGUGUUGAAACACUCGCGGGUAAAAUACAACUUUGCACCCUUGUAUAACAAAUAACUAUUAUUGCACCACAAAAGAAAAGUCAAUAACAUAUUGUGUUGAUUGAUUAUAAAUUAUCGAUAAAAGAUUAGUUGAAAUUUACUUGAUGAUUCACUAUACAAAAAAGUUUAAAAAAUGCUUAUUGUAUUUUGGGGUAUAUAAUAGAAAGCACUCUUUGUCUCCACGAUUGAAGAAGUACUUGUACUCAUUUGGGCCUAUCCUGUGCCCUAAUCACAUUAUGCUCAGACUGAUUCUAAUCUAAUUCCCUUUAUGUCAGAUGCAAAUUUCAAGGUGGUUCCCUUACAUGCUCAUAUACUGCCCAUAUCAUAAUUUUGAAACAGUAUCAAUAGUUAUGGUCAGUUACUAUUGACUGCAGAUUUUAUCACGAACAAUUAUAAGUCUAAGGUGAUAAUGAUCAACUGUUGUUACUUUCAAAAAAGUCCUAUGCCCUAAAGCCGAAUUAAAUAAAUUUAAUAUAAUUAUUCAAUAAAUUACCUCACAUGAAACGAUAUUACAAAUUGAAAGUACAAUGCACUUUACUAGAAGAUUAGAAUAUAAUGCAUGUAUUACUACAUGAAGCUAUGUAAAUAUUUAGGGAUGUAAAUAUUUAAGUUGCUUAUGAGAUGUUACCAAUGUUAGUGGUAUAAUAAAUAAUACCAACAAUACUGAAAA